AUGCGCGUCAUCCAGCAGGUGGGCUACCUGAUGCGGGAUCAGCACAAGAUCAUGGACUCGGUCAUGGGCUUGCAGGAUGACGAGACGACCAAGACGGGCGAGGGUGUUCGCCAGGGUCGCUUUGUAUUGAUGACCGAUCGCUUGUUCGAUAUGGCAGACCGUGCACCGCACGACCACUGCUCCUUCGUGCUGGCGGUCGUCAUGUUUCACAUGAUCAUCCGCGCGCUUGCGCUGCGACUGCUCUACCAUCGCGCGGCCAUCAGCCUUCAGAAGAGGUAUAGAUACCUCAAAAAGAAGAAGAAGUCCUUGAACGCUGUGGCGCCGGCCAUUUGCAUCCAGCGCUUCUGGCGUGGUCUUCGGGCGGGAUUGCAAAUUGCACGAAUGGAGAUGGCUGUGGAGAAGAUCCAGCACACUUAUAGGGCGCACCGCUGGAACCAGCGAGCUGCAAAGUUCCUGGAGGCAACUCUUCGGAUGCAGCGAGUGUGGCAGGGUUCUCUGAUAAGGCUGUGGAUCCGAAGGCUCCACUCUGCGGCCAUCGACAUCCAGCGAUACGCACGCGGUCUGCUUGUGCGGGUAGCCCUCGACAGAUUUGGCCGCGAGCUGCUGAAAAAGAGCCAGGCCGAGAUCAACGCGCUCAGCCGAAGAAGAAGCGAGAUUAGCGAAAGUGAGUUUUGGGCUCGUGCUGCCUCCUUGGCGGGCAAGUGCCGGAUCAACCUCAGCAAGCACCGCGAUCGAAAUGUCGACCUGCGAAGGAACGCAGCGUCGACGUUGAAGUCGAAGCAGGCCAGAAUUCUUGACAAACAGAAGAAGAUCAAGAUGAAGGGCUCGUUGCAGCCCGUUCGUCGUUCCAUCUUCGAGGACUUCUGCGCCGUUGCACGGCGGACACAGUUACAAACGCUCCCUGGUCGGUUCGGAGUGGCGCGCUCGGAGGUGCUGGAAGAGGUGCGCAAGUGCCAUCGACGGCUGAACAGAACUAUGCCCAAUGACGAUUACGCGGCCGACCCGAAGAUGAAAACUUCGGUGCACGCAGCUGCCAAGCGCGGACAGGCCGCCAUGCUAGUUCAACGCAACUCGAAGAAUUACGAAGCAGUUGCAAACAAGCAGACGCUUCUGCGAGACGACGAGCUGGAGCUGUGGAUGAGACAGCAAUUUCAGGUAAU